UCCCAGCACAUUAUUAUUUCUUCGUAAAACUCAGCAAACACUAUAAAGUGCCACUACAGAGCAAGGCUCACCCCAAGAGGAAAUUAGUUUUCUCCUGCCUUUUUCCUCUGUGUUUCAGAUCCUACUUGAUCUUCACCAGGAGUUAAAGGGCCAGGAAAGAGUGUGCUCUUGGAUUCAUCCCAGUUGUGCCUGACUAAAGUCUUCCUGCAGAGGGCGCUGGGGAGUCAACAGCUCAGGAGGGUGGAGAAGUGUUAGGUGGACUUGGGAUGAUUGCCUAUCAGAUCUCGCCUUUCCCUGGCAGUAGAAUUAUUAUGAAGUCAUUGACUUCCUAUUUGCCUUCGGGGCUGAAAUAAAUCUGCUAUCCUCAAAUAACUGAGCUGAUCUCAGACAAAUGCCAAUCAGAACUAAGCUUCUCUGCCCUGAGGUGGCCAUAAAAUUGAGACAAUUUUCUCCAAGUGUUUUUGGUGGCUCAGCAACAGCUUCUGUGAGUUCUGGUUUUCCCUGCGGGUCUAGGGUGAGCUACACUGGCAUCCUGGAAGCGAAGAUGAUUUACAUCAAGGCACCCAAACAAGUUUUGACAUUUUCCCUGAGAUGCCAUCCUCUGUCUACUCACUACAAGUGCCUGCUGCUCCAGGCCUUACCUGCUGGGCAGUGACGAUGGGGCUGGGCUGGGAACAGAAUAAAAGAGCUGGGAACUGUAGCACCAAUUCACACUCAGACCUUGAACGAGCACCUGAAAGCUACUCUUUGAGGAGGCUCAGCAGUUUUCCUUACUCCUGUGGUUUCCAGAUUCUGGCACAAGAUGAAAAGUUCUUGUCUCCCCCUCUGCCUUCUCUUGGCUGUGUUUUCUCUCUUCUGGACACCUUCUGCUGGGCUGAAGACACUCCAUUUGGGAAGCUGUGUGAUCGCCACAAACCUUCAAGAAAUGCAAACUGAAUUUUCUGAGAUAAGGGACAGGAUGCAAGCCGAAGAUGAAAUCAUGGACCUCAGAAUCUUGAAAACUGAGUCCUUGCAAGACACAAAGCCUGCAGAUCAGUGCUGCCUCCUUCGCCUUUAUCUGAGACUCUACCUGGGCACGGUAUUCAAAAACUAUCAGCCCCUUGACCAACAUACCCUCCGGAAGCUCAGCAGUCUCGCCAACUCUUUUCUUACUAUCAAGAAGGACCUUCGGCUCUGUCAUGCCCGUAUGACAUGCCCUUGUGGGGAGGAAGCGAUGGAGAAAUUCAACCAGAUUCUGAGUCGCUUCGAAAAGCUUAAACUUCAGGAAGCGGUGGUGAAAGCUUUGGGAGAGCUAGACAUUCUCCUGCAAUGGAUGGAGGAGAUGAGAUAAGAGCAAAGUGAUGAUAUCACUGACAGUAUUUCUGGCCGAGUCCCGUCCUGAAAACUGUGGAGACAUGACCCCAAACCACCAUCUCUUUGCUUCAUCAUUUAGUGCUGGUCACUGUGUAUAUUACUUAUUUAAUAUUUAUUUCCUUAUUGUAAUUGUUUUCCUUUCUUAAUCUACAUCAUGGGUUUAUGGUUUGGGUGAUAUCUUUUGUACUGUUGGAUGUAUUUAUUCGUUAAUUUAUUUAUUUAUUUCUGCUAUUUAAUCUAUUUAUUUUUGUACUUGUGCAUGUCUUUAAAAAUUCGUAGAUAAUAUUUAUGACUAGGGCACAUUAUAUACUUUCAAACCGUGAACAAACUAUAACUUCUAGACAAGUGGCUGGGGUGGGUAGUCACUUUUAUUAAAUUAAGGACAUAUUUACUGACUGCCACAAUGGUUUUGUCAAUGGAAACAAUGGUUACUAAGUGGGAGCUGUGGAAGAAGUUCCAAUGAAAAAUGACAGAUGUGCCUCACAAUUACUGACCACCCCACCCAACUCCUCAACCCCAUACUUGUGUAUCUUCCAGCUGUGGCAUCCUGUAUGGUAAAAAUUGUAUUCUACGAAUAAAGUUUUCU